AUGUAUGGGAAAAAGAAUUUUACAGGUAUUUUAUUUUUUAAAUUCAUACAUAGAAGUUUAGACAAAAUAAAUAUUUUAGACCAAAAAAUUAAUGAUUGUCACUCAAUUUCAACUUGUUUAUCUCAAAAUGAAAUUAUUUCAAAUAAGGAAUCUGGCUAUACAAAUGUUAGUUUUACUAGAAUUGAAAGGGUUAAGGAUAAUCGUCAUUUCAAUAUUACAGUAUUUACUCUAAUUGUAUUUUCUCAAAAUAAAGAAGGAAUUAGUAGCAGUAUUUCAUUAAGCAGCGGAUUUUCUCCACUAUCCUCAAAUUCAAAUAUUUCUACAACAAACAACAAUAAAAAUAUUAAUUUAAGUUACAGUCGAUUACGUGCACCAUCAUUAGGUGUUUCUGGUAGUAUUAUUGCUAAUAAUCAAAGUUCAGAUGAGCCCGAAAAUUUAAGUAAAGGGAAAAAGCGUUUUGUAGAAAAUUCUUCAUUAAAUUCAAAUAAUACAAAAAAUGGAUGUUUUCUAAUGUAA